UAUGUUUCUUUGCAUAACCCAAUGGCCAAUGGAAUAUCUUCAUCUUCAAUCUUUCUUCCCCGUCUUAUAUAUGACUUAUUAACAUAAGAAUGAUCUAUUUUCUGAAUAAAUCAAGAAUCGAUCAUGGUGAAGCUAACAAUAGUUGGUAGGGUUGAAGAUGGAUUGCCCCUUGCACAAGAUCAACCUUAUUAUGUAAACCAACAAGACAACAUUAGUUUCUUGAUGUACAAGCAACAAGCCGAAUUCCUUCUUACACAAAUCUCCAAAGGCUCAUUGUUACAUCCAAAGAUGACCAUCUUGCUCGAUCAUCAUUCUUUCCACUUCUUGGUGGAGAAGAAGAUAUGUUACAUCGUGCUAUCGGAUUCAUCGUACCCAAGAAAGCUAUUGUUUCAUUACCUGCAGGAUCUGCAAAAGGAACUUGAUAAGCUCGACGAGACAGAACUGAUUCAGAAAAUCUCAAAACCCUAUAGCUUCGUUAGGUUUGGUAAGAGCAUAGGGAGAAUAAGGAAACAAUAUAUGGACACGAGAACACAGGCUAAUCUGUCGAAGCUGAAUGCUUUGCGGAAUGAAGAACUCCAUGUAGUCACUGAGCAUAUGAAUGAUAUAAUACAAAUACGACAACUUUUAGAAACAUCGGAAAUAACGUCUUUGGAUCGACGAACGUCUGUUUCAACCAUUUGGAACUCACAAUGUCUUCAGGAUAUUGCGUUAAAAUGGACACCAGUGACGAUCAUUAUUCUCGUUAUUCUUGUUCUUUUCAAAGCAAGAUUGAUUAUGACAGAUGAUUAUUUAAUUUCAACAAUGAUAUAAUCAAGUAAUAUUUUUAAAAUUCAAAAGAAGAAGAAGAGUGUAUAUACGAAACAUCCUAGCUAGCUAGUAGUUAUAAAAUUAUCGUUACUUGUUAAAAUAAUUUGACUUUGAAAUGUUGCUUAA